AUGAUAAGAAGUUACCAUAAUAAGGGACGGAACUGCCCCCAAACUUCACGAACCGUCACAUAUCUCGUCAAGUGCAAUGGACUCGUCUGGACUCGUCAUGCAAAUCAACUUCUUCGCCGGGAUCAUCAUCGCCAUCAAGCCGACUCUCUUCUCGACAUCUUCAAAUUGCCAUCACUGCCACUUCUCGUCGAUCAACAACCACAUGCCGUCAACCAAGCUUUGCUCAGAUCAUCGUCAAUCGUGCCGGAUGCUGUGACCGACAAUGCUGCUACGCCAUCGCCGAUCGUGCCGAAUGCUGUAUCCUACAACGCCGCCGAUUCGCCGUUCAUCUCGCAUGCGCAAACAAACGACACAGUUGGAUAUGGUGCCGUCGAAGAAAUCUUACUCUAA